AUGCAUUUUUUAAUGAACAGUGGACUCUCAAAUGUUGUAGCUCUUACUGAAGAAGUUUUCUCUGCCUCUAGCGAAAUAUUCGGUAAAGUUGCAAUAAAGAAAGUCAUCAAAACCUCAACUGAGUUUGAAGCUUUUCUCAGCCUCAAACACGAAAACAUCGUCGAAGCCAUUGAAAUCAUCGAAGCCGAAGAAUUUGCCUUCGUUUUGAUGGAAUUUGCUGAAUUCGGAGAUGUUUUUGAAUACAUAAUGAACAACGGUCUCAUGUCCGUUGAAGCCACCCUCUCUCUUUUCUCUCAGGUUGUCAAAGCAAUCGAAUACUGCCACUCAAUUGGAAUCGCCCACAAUGACAUUAAAUUAGAAAACGUCUUGUUGUCUAAUGGUUGUGUCAAAUUGGCCGACUUUGGAUUUGCCAAGUCGUCCGAUAUUGUUGCCGAAUCUGAAGAAUUUUGUGGAACCCUCCCAUACGCUGCCCCAGAAGUUAUUAUGGGAAUGGAACACAGCACCAUGAAAGCCGAUAUGUGGAGUAUGGGAGUUAUGCUCUACGUCAUGCUCUUCGGAGCUUUCCCAUUCUCCGAUAGUGACGCUACCUCUAUGGUCCAAUCUCAAAUCUCAAACACCCUCUUUUUCCCAGAAAACACUAACGAAACGUUAAAGUCUCUCAUCUCCUCUAUGCUUGAACCCUCUAUUGAAAAACGCGCUAAUGCAAGCUCAGUCCUUCUUGCCUUGAGCCAGUUUUAA